UGAAACCGAUGCAUCUAGAAAACCAAGUCUACAAAAGUAAUAUUAAGGUCGCUGCCCUAUAACAGAUACUCCUGAAGUUUACUAGCGUUUCUAGGAAGGAGAUGCUUCAUAGCUCUAAUUCUAAUUCCUUUUCCGCUUAUUAACUUCAAAAAACUAGAUUUUGAAAAAAAUCGUUGAAAAUGUCAUCUGCCGGAAAAUAUGUUCGGGCCCCUAAAUCCAACAGCGAUCUCGAAGAAUUCGGCAAAAUGUAUGGCGAGUGGUCGUCAGAUGACAUGGAGUUUGAAGAACGUCAAAUUGCAUUACAUGAGAAACGUGAAUAUAAAAAAAGUGAAAACCAGGAAUACAUCCAGAAGAUAGAAAAACUGCAGAAUACUAUAGACAAAUUAGUUAACGAGAUGAACACUUAUCGCUCUCGUGAAGCUGACCAGUCGGUCAGAAGUUCUGCGCUUUCUGAUGAAGAUCAAAGCUGGAACAAUGCGAAGGUCAAUCCAGGUUCAUCAGCAAUCUCUGAUGGUAUUCGAUGGGAAAAUAUAAAACCUUUCCCAAACGAUGUUCCGGCAUACGCUAUGUGGGACCAAUGGAACAGGUUUAUCGAUCGGUUUGAGAUCGCUACUUCCUUGGCAAAUGUGACGGACCCUGUCAAGCGCGCUCAGACAUUGUUCCUUUCGAUGGGAGAGAAACUCCAAGGAAUUACCAGGGCCGCGAGACUUCGCCCAAGUCUGACCGAACCAAACUGCUACAACUUAUUUGUCAAAAACAUCGAAAAAUAUCUGCAAUCAAUGGUCGACGUAACGGCGGAACAUGAAAUGUUUUCCAAUCUCAAACAAGGCAUUGAUGAGCCAACUAUUGCCUUCCAUGCACGUCUUUUGGAAAAAGUGCGUCUCUGUCGUUUCAGUCAAACGGAUCAGGAUCGAUUCAUUCGAAUGCAACUACUUAAAGGAAUGCGUAACCGUGAGGUGGCAAAGGCGGCCAGAAUUUUUGGCUAUGAGACGACAUUUAUUGUACAGUCUGCGACUCGAGAAGAGGCAUACAUUCCGAAACUGUCACGAGUAGCUGAAUCCAGCAGAGCAUUCAUGGUGUCGCGAGAACGGAAUCGGUUUAGCGGAAAUGAACAUCUGCCAAAACGCCGAAAUAAUGAUGCGGGCUGGAAUAACCCAAAAAGGUAUCGACAAGAAAGUGAGAACCAUUUUUCCGGAGAAGGAAAACGUUUUCGCUGCAAUAAGUGUAACCGUUUGUUCCACAAAUCUGGAACUUGUCCGGCAACUUAUGAGGAGUGUCGUACUUGUGGAAUUCGUGGACAUUACGCGGCAACGUGCAGGGAAAGAAAUGCCACAUACAUUCAGAAAAGGCAAAGCUCCAUUAAGGACAGAUCGGGUGAAAAAGUUAAUCAUAGGUUCAUCGGAGCCAAUUUGUUUCAUACACGCAAAAGAAAUUAGAGAUUAAUUUGCCGGAAUUUUUCACUUAGACUCAACUUAUGCUGUUCCCAUUGAAUCUACUUGUGUCCUUUAGACUAUAUUUUACUUCCCUAUAACUUAUUAAUUUCACGUAAAAUCUAAGUGAACGCACACACCCUUAUUUUUAGUUUUUUUUUUCAAUCACGAAAGUAAACAUUCAAUCCUUUCGUGGGGAAGUCCUCAUACACUCAAAAGAAAAGCAUAGUAAAAUUACUAAAUCCGUGGUUUAAAUGAACAACACGCAACCAUAUUUUUGAGUCAAUAAUGUUUUGUUUUUGAAAUUACUACGCGCAUUGUAAUUUUACUAUGUGUUAAUUU